AUGGCACCAACAGUUCCAGAGUUGACUGAAAAAGCUUCAAGCUUUGAUUAUGGCGAAGACGAACAAGAUUACAGUAGUAAGGUACCAUCAAAUUGCUCUGUUUCUUACACCAAUUCAAGAUCAAAAUCAAUGAUUGAUCGUCCCAAAAGUAUAUUAAAGCAAUCACUAUUGCAUUCAAGUAGCUCCAUGAGCAGUUCAGAAACUGUAUCAAAACAACAGAAAUUCGCAAAAUCAAAGUUAAGAGUUUCAAUCAAUUUACCCGACAACGAGAUCUCACUGAAGCAAAGUAGGCAGUUAAGCUUCUCCAUAGACGAAACGGAAGAAGGCCCAAGUUCAAAAACUAUUAAUUCAAAGGGUAUAAGUAGGAUUUUGAAAGGGAAAGGUGUUUUAAGAUCACAAAACAGAUUUUCUUCAAAAGAAUAUGAAAAUCAAAGAGGGAAAGGUGCUGCAUGUUUUCGCGAUAAACCAUUUCCUCAAUUUGAUAACCUAUGUAAAAUCUUCGGGAAUGAUAGAGCUACUUGUCAUGGAGCUACUGAUCUUGGUGAAGUUGUGACUAAAGAGACACAGAGAAACUCACCUGUUGAUUUGGAAGGGUUGGAAGAGAUUAUUGAAGAGAUGCAACAAACUGCUCGUGUCAAUAGUAAACGCAAAAGGCCUCAAAAGGAUGACAUGGAAAGCUCUUAUAAGAAAGCAGCGAAAGAAAUGAAAGAGACUUUCAAGGAGGUUGGUGAAAAACUUAAUGAAACAAUAUACAAUAGAGGAAGGCAAGAAAAUAAGAAAGCAUGUGCCAUGAUAGAUAAAGUUAUCGAAGAUAUACAACGCAUGCCAAAUAUCAAUGUCAAACAGUGA